UGUGUGCAUUAAUUUAGAGUCAAAAUAAUAAAAUAAAGUUAUUGAGAAAAUUAAAGUAUGUUUCAUUAACAUACUUUAGUGGUCCUUCGAUUGUUAAUUGAAUAAAAUCAGUGAUUCGUCGUAAUAUUACCCGGCGUGCUUGCUAUGAAAGCACAUAGUGUCGGUGGCGGAUACCUAUGGUGAAAACACAAGUUCGUGGAGCAUUCAUCCUAUGCAUGGUGCCCAAGAAGUUGCUGGAGGCCUACGUAAGUUCCCAAAUCUAUAUUUGUGGACGAAUUUCAUACUUUCUUCGUUGGAGUUUUUUCAAUUGGUGUGAAGUUGGUUGGGAGUGUGACGUCACGAUCAACGCAUAAAUAGAGCAGCCAUUUGCAUUUCGUUCGCCGCAUCAAAGAACAGCGAGACGCUAACUUCAGCACGAAACGUCAGUCAAGUGUGACAAUAGUGUUCUGUGGUGACAAUCAUCUGUCACUUGCACUUGACACCUCCCGGCUGUCAUCCUAUAGCUUCGGACAAUACAUUGUCGUGUUUUAAAUCUUUUAUAAGUUUAUUUCGCAAUUGGAAUAUUUUUCACGUAAACAUUAUAAAAUGGAGACGGAAAUUAAACGUCUUAGGAUAAAAAGGCGACAACUUAAAGCAAUAAUUACAAGGAUCGAGUCUUUUAUAAAAGACCCGGUUGCGCUAGCUGCUGCAAGCAAGGACAUGUUGCAGGCAAGAAAGGAGAAGCUUGUAAGUACAUUGAAACAAUACGAAGAAGUAUCCUUAGAUAUAUUGUCAAUUGAUGAGAAAGACGGUGAAAACAUAUCAGAUGUUGAGGAAAAGUAUUUUCAAAUUUUGUCAAAAUUAAAUGAAACCCUAGGUUUAUUAAGAAACGGUGAGAGUUUAGCUAGUGUUAGCAUUUCUAAUUCUAAAUUACCAAAUAUUGAUAUAUGUAGUUUUGAUGGAAAAGACUUUACAAAAUUUAAAUCUUUCAUGGACUUAUUUUUGGCAGUAAUAGAUAAAAAUCAAUCUCUUUCCAAUGUUCAAAAAUUAUUUUAUUUAAGAAAAUAUGUUACUGAUGAUGCUCUUUCUUUAAUUAUUAACUUACCGAUUGAAAAUGAAUCAUAUCCAAUUGCCUUAGAAUUGUUAAACAAGCGUUAUGACAACAGACCACGUUUAGUGUCUAAUCAUAUAAACAUUUUGCUAGAUUUACCUCAAAUGCAAAGAGGAACUGCAGCUAUAAUUCGGUCAUUCGUAUCUGAUAUAAGACAACAAUUGUAUGCACUUAAAAAUUUAAAUAUGCCCACCGAUAGUUGGGAUAUGUUGUUAAUAUCAAUAUUAAGUCGCAAAUUAGAUUCAUACACCAAUAGGGCUUAUCAUCUGGAUAAGGUGGACUUUGAUCAAAUGCCUACUAUUGAUGGAUUUCUGACUUUUUUGGAAAAGCGUGCUAUGGCGCUUGAGGAUAGCCCCACAUUAAAGGGUGCACCUUGCUAUGAAGGUCCUCGUUUUAAACAGAGUCCUAAGGCAAUAAACACCGUUAUCAAAAAAGCUUGUUUAUUUUGUAACAGUAUGGAUCAUCCUAUAUUUUUAUGUCCUAAAUUUAAAAUGAGUACCAUAAAUGAGCGACUCAAUUUUGUCAAUUUAAAUAAACUUUGUAAAAUAUGUCUACGUGAGCACAGCGACAAAUGUAAGUUUAAUUUUAAAUGUAAAACUUGUAAACAUGCACACAAUUCACUCUUACAUGAAGAGAAAAAAGAUAUUGUAACUUUGCACUCUAACAGACUGUUAUUCAAUAAUGUAACUUCUGUUUUGUUACCUACUAUACAGGUAAAGAUAUUUGAUAAGUAUGGACAAGAAUUUUAUGUAAAGGCCCUACUAGAUAGUGGCAGUCAAGCUUCAAUUAUAAAAAGGUCUCUUGUUGAACAGUUAUACUUAAGUCCUAUUUCUCAAACAUGUAAUAUCAUAGGUGUAGGCAACAAUAAUAAUCAGGUCAGUCAAAUUGUAAAUGUCACAUUGAGCUCACUAAUUGAAAAUACUCAAUUUCAGGUAAAAUGUCAUGUAGUGGAUUCCAUAACCACAAAAUUGCCUCAAAAUUAUUUUGAUUUAAGUAGCUUGGAGAUACCCAAGAGUGUUACGUUAGCUGAUGUCAAUUUUAAUGUCCCUUCUGAAAUUUCUUUAUUACUCGGCGCAGAUUUGUACUUUAAGACCUUAUUACAUGGUCACAUUUAUUUAAAUAAUGGAUUGGUGUUACAGAAUACUCUAUUCGGGUACAUAGUGGGUGGCUCAAUGGCAUGUAAUAAUAUAAAAAAUGAUACUACUUUAGUUAUUAACCAUGCGGUAGAAAAUGAAGAUAAGUUGAGUGACAUAAUGGAAAAGUUUUGGUUGUCUGAAAAAGUUCCUGAGCUCAUCAUGCAGUGCACAAUGAGCAUAGCAAGACAACCAAAUUGCGGGUUGUGUUCAAUGGGAGUCUGAAAUCACAAUGUAAAAUAUCACUUAAUAAUGUCAUGUUAAAUGGACCAAUAGUUCAAAGUGAGUUAUUUGAUAUACUAGUAUUAUUUAGAACUUAUCGCUAUACAUUGAUGUGUGAUAUUGAAAAAAUGUUUAGGCAAAUUUUCAUUAAUUCUAUUCACACGCCUCUGCAAAAUAUUUUGUGGCGAGAUAAUCCACAGAAACCUAUAAUUUGUUUACAGUUGCAAACAGUUACCUAUGGUUUGAAAUCAUCUACAUACUUAGCUACAAGGUGUUUGUUGGAGCUUGCUUAUAUCUAUAAAGACAGGUUUCCACUAGCUGCAGAUGCUAUAAUUAGAAAUACUUAUGUAGAUGAUAUAAUAUGUGGCGCUGACAACAUAGAUCAGCUUCGGAAUCUGAAACAAGAGCUUAUACAAUUAUUAAGCCUUGGCAGUUUUACACUACAUAAAUGGUGUUCAAAUAAUACACAAAUUUUAGAAGAUAUACCAUCAAAUAGGAGGUAUUUUGAGCAUAUUAAUAUUAAUAAAGACAACAUGAUUAAAA